AUGACGUUUGUUUAUGGUGACCCUGUUUUGGAAAGACGAGAUCAAGUUUGGGAACGUCUUACGCGUUUCUCAACAACUAGAACUAGACCUUGGUUCAUGAUUGGAGAUUUCAAUGAAAUCACGGAUCACAAUGAGAAGGAAGGAGGGAGACAGCGUUCUGAUAGCUCGUUCCUACCUUUUAAGCAAAUCCUUACAGACUGUGGGAUAGCAGUAGGAAAUGCUGAUUGGCAUGAGAAGUUCCCACACUCUAAUGCCAAGUACUUGAGAUUAUGGGGAUCGGACCAUCGUCCGAUUCUUGCAGACAUACUGAAAAAGCCAACGAGAAGAUCAAAGAAAUUCAAAUUUGAUAGGAGAUGGCUAGACAAUGAAGAACUGAGGCAAGUCAUUCUUGAGGGAUGGAAAUCUCCUGAUCUACCCCCCAAUGCGACUAUAAUGGAACAUAUUUCUAGUUGUCGAAAAGCCUUGAGUGAGUGGAGGAAACAACACAAUAUCAACUCGGCAAAGCUAGUGGAGGAGUUAAAGGAGAAAGUUGAGGGUUUAUAUGCAGACGACAAUGCGACGACGGAGGAAAUUGCAGCAGCGUUGAAGGAACUCUCUGAUGCUCUUAAGGCAGAAGAAAUGUUCUGGAAACAAAAGAGUAGAGUGUUUUGGCUGAGAGAGGGAGAUAAAAAUACCAAAUUUUUUCAUGCCUUAACGAAGCAAAGGAGAGCGAGGAACAAAAUCACGCAGCUUCGGGAUGUUGAUGGUAACAUAGUUGAGGAUGAGGAAGGCCUGGUAGCCAUUGCUACUAGCUAUUUUCGGCAAAUCUUCGAAUCAUCUACACCAGAAGACAUUGAAGAGGCGCUAUCUGAAGUUCCUACGACGAUCAUAGGAUCAAUGAAUGACAGCCUCACAGCUCCUAUUUCUGAAUGGGAGGUUAAAUUAGCUCUCUUUGCUAUGCAUCCAGAUAAGGCGCCGGGACCAGAUGGGAUGACUGCACUUUUUUACCAACAGUUUUGGGAUAUAGUCAAGCAGGAUUUAACUCUUAUGGUGAAUAAAUUCCUGUUUGAAGGACAUAUAGCCAAUGGUCUGAAUGAUACAAACAUAUGCCUUAUCCCGAAAACAACUAAGCCUAAUGAUAUGGCUCAGUUUCGACCCAUAAGCUUGUGUAAUGUUAGCUACAAGAUCGUCUCGAAGGUCUUAUGCCAGAGACUAAAGAAAGUCUUGCCAGGAUUGAUAUCAGAAACCCAGUCGGCCUUUGUUACUGGAAGACAGAUUUCAGAUAAUAUCAUGAUUGCUCAAGAGAUGUUUCAUGCCCUACGAACUAAACCGAGUGGACGUAAUAAGAGGAUGGCCAUCAAGACGGAUAUGAGUAAGGCAUAUGAUAGGAUGGAAUGGUCGUUUAUCGAAGCUGUGAUGCGUAAGAUGGGAUUCUCUGAGACAUGGAUCACCUGGAUUAUGAGGUGCAUUACGUCGGUCAAAUACAAAGUUCUCAUGAAUGGGCAGCCAAGAGGGAAUAUUGUUCCAGGUAGAGCCACCCGGCAAGAGGUUAAAGAUACACUUGGAAUACACAAUGAUGGAGGGAUGGGAAAGUACUUGGGGAUCCCAGAGGAUAUUAGUGGUUCUAAAUGUAAACUUUUUGCAUUUUUAAAGGAUGAUCUGAUGCAUAGAGUCAAUGGAUGGACUGGUCGAUGGCUCUCAAAAGGGGGAAAGGAAGUAAUGAUCAAAUCCAUUUUACUCGCUCUUCCGACAUACGUUAUGUCGACGUUUCUGCUCCCAUUGGAGAUUUGUGAAAACCUCGCUAGUGCCAUUGCACAAUUUUGGUGGAGCUCGAAUCCACCAAAAAGAGGAAUACACUGGGCGAAAUGGGAAAAGGUUUGUUUACCAAAAGAGGAGGGCGGUAUUGGUUUUCAUUUAAUUCAUGAGUUCAAUCUAGCACUACUGGCAAAGCAACUAUGGAGACUGGUCCAAUACCCUGAUUCACUGGUUGCCCGAGUAUUAAGGGGGAGAUAUUAUAGGAUGACCUCGCCAUUGAGAGCGAUCUCUACUAGCAGCCCAUCAUAUGUGUGGACAAGCAUCUCCGCAGCAAGGAAGCUUUUACUGCUAGGUAUCAGACAGAAGAUUCAAUCUGGCUAUGAUGUCAGGGUGUGGGAGGAUCCGUGGAUUCCAAAAACACCUGCUAGACCAGCUAGACCUAUAGCGCCUGUGAUGCACCUAAACAUGAGAGUCAGUGACAUCAUUAAUCAGGAAUCAAAGGAGUGGGAUGUAGGACUACUAGAUGAUUAUGUCCAUCCUGAUGAUAUACCACUCAUUCGCAGCAUGGCCAUAAGCUCUACUCAUCGCCGAGAUACUUUCUGCUGGAACUACACGAGGAAUGGCCAAUACACAGUCAAAUCUGGAUACUGGGUUGCUCAGAACCUGUUGAAGCAAUGA